AUUUUCUGAUCUAAGAAACCCGGGCCAACUCGAGUUGAAAGUUGAAACUCUCUUAAUCUUUAUCAGUAAGUAAACUCACGGAAGCGAUUACUAGAUCACCCGUUGCAUUUUUCAACCAAAUCAAACUGUUCCGAUCAAAACCCUAAAUCUUUCCAUUAUGAGCUCUCCACCCAUUCUCGGAGGCGCGAGCUUGUUUACAGGAUUCACGAAGCUAUGCAAAGGUCUCGCGGUUGUUCUCGUCACCGGUCACAUCUUAGUUCAGAUUUUACCCCCUGCUGUUAACUAUCUUGCUCUUAUUCCUGCCAGGACGAUUCCUUUUGUAUGGAACCUCAUAACAGCUGGUUACAUCGAACAAUCGAUAUAUGGGGUUGUUGCAAGCACUUUAUGCCUCCUCAUCAUGGGAAAGCUUCUUGAGCCAGUAUGGGGUUCUAAAGAGUUCUUGAAGUUCAUAUUCAUAGUCAACUUUCUCAUUUCCAUCUGCGUUUUCAUUACUGCUAUUAGCUUGUACUACAUAACAAGGCAGGAAAAUUACCUUUAUAUGCCUAUUUCUGGCUUCCAGGGGAUCCUAGCUGGUUUCUUGGUUGGCAUUAAGCAAAUUAUACCAGACCAAGAGCUGUCUCUAUUGAGAAUAAAGGCUAAGUGGUUUCCAUCUCUUAUGCUCUUGAUAGCUAUUGCUAUAAGCUUCUUUACCCCAGAGUCUGCAGCAUAUCUUCCAACCUUAAUAUUUGGCACAUAUAUGAGCUGGAUUUACUUGAGAUACUUUCAGAGGAAACCAGAAACAAAACUAAGGGGUGAUCCAAGUGAUGAUUUUUCAUUCUCAUCCUUCUUCCCUGAAUCCCUCGGGCCAAUCAUUGAUCCUAUUGCAUCAAUAUUCCAUCGGAUGCUUUGUGGAAGAUUUGAAACUUCUACUGAAGCCCAUGGUGAUACCUUGGGAGAUGCUUCAUUGCCUGGUUCUGAUCCCAUUGAGGCAACUAGGAGGAGAGAAAGGGGAGCUAGAGCAUUGGAAGAAAGGUUGGCCACUGCUCCGAGUGCAGAAGAGUUGAAAAGGGAUGCCUCGGAGAAUGUUUGAUCGGUUGCCUCUACUUUCAAACAUUGACAGAAAAUUUAAAGUUGUAUCAUUUAUGACCACUUCAGAGUUGGUGCAGUGCUUGGAAAGAAGUCUUUUUGGUUGGUUUCCAUAUUACAGAUUUUUUCGUGCAUAUUUCUGUCGAUUCUCAUCUCUAUUGUAAAAUCUUUCCUAUGUCCUGUAUUUUCUUGGACAAUGACAGUUUUUGCCUAGACACAUAUAGAGCAGAGAUUCUGAAGAACUACCCCUUGGAUGCUUUUGCAUGAAUAGAUGAAAAAUUUAGAUCUCCUACGAGGGAGGCUGCUUGCCAA